AUGCGCCGCACGCGCAAGCAGGGCGAGGUGACCAAGCUCAUAGGCAAGCUUGAACGGCUGGUGGUUGGCAAGCAGCAGGAGCUGGCGCAGCAGCAUGUGAUCCAGGGCGAUCUGCAGCUGAGGGCGGAGGUGGCGCAGAUCUUGGUUCGCCAAGCCCACGCGCUGAUGAGCGCAGGGGAGGCGCUGCGGCGCCGCGCGGGGCCGGGCGGCGGCGGCGCCACGGGCGGCGCGACGGCGAGCGCGGCGGGGCCCGGAGCGGGCCUGGUCGAGCACGAGGAGGCAUACGGCGGCGCCAAGGGCAGCGGCGCCAGCCGCUCUCCUCGAGGCGCGAGCGGCGGCGGCGGCGCUCUCUUUGCCCCCGCCCCCACGGCCGGCGCAGCAUGCAGCGCAGAGCCGCACGCAUCGGUCGCGGAGGCACCCCCUAUCUGGAGGGUGCAGCUCCUUGACAUGCUGCGAGACCUGGGCUCGGCCGCAGAUGAGGGGGACGCGUCGCCGCACGACGUCGCUUUGGGUGACGACGACAGCGGCAGCGAAAGCAUCGCCGGCGGCGGCGGCAGCGAGGGCGAGAACACCGGCCGCGACGGCGGUACGGGCGGGGCCGGUGGCGGCGCGCGCGCGGCGGCCGCGGUGGACGCCGACGACGCGGCGGUGCUGCAGGCCGGGGCAGACAGCAGCGUCGCGUCUGUCGGCGCUGAGUCAGCGGACGAGUCAGCAGAUGCGUCGGGGCCCGGGCUUGGAGGGCGCCAGCGCGACCCGGGCUCGCCCCAGCGCCCGCAGCCAGGAGGCGGUGACGCAGACCGGCCCGCCGCCGGCGGCCACGAUCGCGCCGAGGCACUGUCGGCGCCGCAGCCGCCGCCGCCGCGGGUGCGGGUGGGGCUGGGGUGGUCUCCAGAAGGCAUGCUGGCCGUGGCGCCGUCGGUUGACGGGCGGCUGACUACACAGGGCUACAGGGAGCGGCUGCGCGAGUACACCCAAUGCUGCUGCAUCCUCCUGCCGUGA